GCCGCGGUCGCGCGAUCCGCCUUGUUCCCAAGAUGGUGGCGCUGGGCUCCCGGGUGGCUGCGGGAGGCGGCCGAGUCUGAGUGCCCCCCGCCUCUUCCUCUCACCGCCCCUCAUCUCCCCGCCUCUGGGCCGGAAGCUCGCCACGCCGCCCUCCUCGGCCUCGCGCCCCCCGCCGCCCCCGCUCGUGCGUCACCUCUGCCGACCCGGCGUGCGCUCACGGCCGCGGGCGGCGGCGCCUCCCUCGGCUCCUCCUCGGGGCCGCGCUCGUAGCAGCUCGCAGCCCAGCCGCGCCAGGCGGGCCCCGCAGCCCCCGGUGCGGACAGGCGGCGUCGGAAGCGGGCGGCUGGCCACCGAGCUCGGGCUGUCGUGCGGCCUCGGCGCCCGCUGUCCCGGCCUCGGUCUCCGGUGAGGGAAGCGCGGGUCCCGCAUGAGCGCGGGCGGCGGCGGCGGCGGCGGCAGCGACAGGGGAACGAGGCGGCGGCGGCGGCCGGAGGCGGCGGGCGAGGGCGACCACGACCAGCGAGGCGGCCGCAGCGGCGAGGGCCGCAGCCCCGGCGCGGGGGCGACCACAGGUUAAAACGCUGUAAGAUCCUGAUUUUAGAAUCCACCAGCUCCUCAGAAGUUUGGCGAAAUAUGAGUUAUUAAAUCUACGCUCAGACCAAGUUAGCAGCUAGACUGGUGUGACAACCUGUUUUUAAUCAGUGACUCAAAGCUGUGAUCCCCUGAUGUCAACGAAUGGCCACAGCUUGUAAAAGAUCGCCAGGAGAAGCGCAGUCUGACGACACUGAAGCCAGCCGAAUGAAGCGAGCCGCUGCAAAGCAUCUGAUAGAGCGCUACUACCACCAGCUAACCGAGGGCUGUGGGAACGAGGCCUGCACGAAUGAGUGCUGCGCUUCCUGCCCGUCCUUCCUGCGCAUGGACAACAAUGCGGCAGCUAUCAAAGCCCUCGAGCUCUAUAAGGUCAAUGCCAAACUCUGUGACCCUCAUCCCUCCAAGAAAGGGGCCAGCUCCGCUUACCUGGGAAACGCGAAAGGGGCCGCGAACGCCUGCUCGGACGUGAAAAUGAACAAGAAGGACGGACUAGCAACAAGAAAUGAUUUUAAAGAUGUGACUUUCCUAACUGAAGAAGUCGUAUAUGAAAUUCUUGAAUUAUGUAGAGAGAGAGAGGAUUACUCCCCUUUGAUCCGGGUGAUCGGGCGAGUGUUUUCCAGCGCGGAGGCCCUGGUGCAGAGCUUCCGGAAAGUCAAGCAGCACACCAAGGAGGAACUGAAGUCCCUCCAAGCCAAGGACGAAGACAAAGACGAAGACGAGAAGGAGAAGGCCACGGGCUCCGCCGCGGCCGCGGCCGCCGCCGCGAUGGAAGAGGAUUCCGAAGCCUGUUCCUCCCGAACGAGCGGCAGCUCCCAGAGGCUGGCCCCCGAGGACGUGUCUGUGGACAUCGAGGCCAUUCGGAGGGUCUACGGCAGGCUGCUCUCCAACGAGAAAGUAGAAACUGCCUUUCUCAACGCACUUGUGUAUUUGUCGCCGAACGUGGAGUGUGACUUGACCUAUCACAACGUGUACUCCCGAGAUGCCAACUACCUGAAUCUGUUCAUCAUCGUCAUGGAGAACAGGAAUCUGCACAGCCCCGAGUACCUGGAGAUGGCGCUGCCGCUCUUUUGCAAAGCCAUGAGUAAGCUCCCCCUGGCAGCCCAAGGGAGGCUGGUGAGACUGUGGUCCAAGUACAGCGCCGAGCAGAUUCGGAGGAUGAUGGAGACGUUCCAGCAGCUGAUCACUUACAAGGUCAUAAGCAACGAGUUCAACAACCGAAACCUCGGGAGCGAGAGGAACCUCGUCAAUGACGACGACGCCAUCGUGGCGGCUUCCAAGUGCUUGAAGAUGGUUUACUACGCCAACGUGGUGGGCGGGGACGUGGACACCAACCACAACGAGGAGGACGACGACGAGCCCCUCCCGGAGUCCAGCGAGCUGACCCUGCAGGAGCUGCUGGGGGAGGAGCGGAGAAACAAGAAAGGGCCCCGGGUGGACCCCCUGGAGACGGAGCUCGGCGUGAAGACCCUGGACUGCCGGAAGCCGCUCAUCCCUUUCGAGGAGUUCAUCAACGAGCCGCUGAACGAUGUCCUGGAAAUGGACAAGGACUACACCUUCUUCAAAGUGGAGACGGAGAACAAGUUCUCCUUCAUGACCUGCCCCUUCAUACUGAACGCCGUCACCAAGAACCUGGGCUUGUACUACGACAACAGGAUCCGCAUGUACAGCGAGCGGAGAAUCACCGUGCUUUACAGCUUAGUGCAGGGGCAGCAGCUGAACCCGUACCUGAGACUCAAGGUCCGGCGUGACCACAUCAUAGACGAUGCGCUUGUCCGGCUAGAGAUGAUCGCCAUGGAGAACCCUGCUGACCUGAAGAAACAGUUGUAUGUGGAGUUCGAAGGAGAACAAGGAGUUGACGAGGGAGGGGUUUCCAAAGAGUUCUUCCAGCUGGUUGUGGAGGAAAUCUUCAACCCUGACAUUGGCAUGUUCACCUAUGACGAAAAUACAAAGUUGUUUUGGUUCAAUCCGUCCUCGUUCGAGACGGAGGGUCAGUUCACGCUCAUCGGCAUCGUGCUGGGCCUGGCGAUCUACAACAACUGCAUCCUGGACGUGCACUUCCCCAUGGUGGUCUACCGGAAGCUCAUGGGCAAGAAGGGCACUUUCCGGGACCUGGGCGACUCCCACCCGGUUUUGUUCCAGAGCCUGAAGGACCUGCUGGAGUACGAGGGGAGCGUGGAAGACGACAUGAUGAUCACGUUCCAGAUCUCCCAGACGGACCUGUUCGGGAACCCCAUGAUGUAUGACCUGAAGGAGAACGGGGACAAGAUCCCCAUCACCAACGAGAACCGGAAGGAAUUUGUCAAUCUCUAUUCUGACUACAUUCUCAAUAAAUCAGUAGAAAAACAGUUCAAGGCUUUUCGAAGAGGUUUCCAUAUGGUGACCAAUGAAUCCCCCUUGAAGUACUUGUUCCGACCGGAGGAAAUCGAGCUGCUCAUAUGCGGGAGCCGGAAUCUAGAUUUCCAGGCGCUGGAAGAAACCACAGAAUAUGACGGUGGCUAUUCCAGGGACUCUGUUCUGAUUAGGGAGUUCUGGGACAUCGUGCACACGUUCACCGAGGAGCAGAAGCGGCUCUUCCUGCAGUUCACCACGGGCACGGACCGCGCGCCGGUGGGCGGGCUCGGCAAGCUGAAGAUGAUCAUCGCCAAGAACGGCCCCGACACAGAACGGUUACCCACAUCUCACACCUGCUUUAACGUCCUCUUACUUCCGGAAUAUUCAAGCAAAGAAAAGCUGAAGGAGCGACUGCUGAAGGCCAUCACUUACGCCAAAGGCUUCGGCAUGCUGUAGGAGCGGCGUGGAGGGAAGUGCAGGCUGAGUCCCGCGUGUCCGUGGUGUAGUGUCCGUCGGCGGCGGUCGGAUAGUGGUGAGCGGUAGUCCCCGUGUCCGCGCUCCCUCCCUCGGCCUGAGGCGGGGACGGCAGGUUUCAGCUCCUCCUGUGAACAAACCCUUUCUUACUUUUCUGCGUGGAAGUGUGCCUCACCUUUCACUGUGUGUACAGAGAGGUUUUCUGAAUAUUUAUUUUAAUGGUUGUUAAAUCCCUUCUGCUUGUGUUUAUUACUGCUUGAGGUUGAGCCUUUUGAGUAUUGAGAAAACAUGUACCACCAAACUGCUCCCCUAGGGACGCGCGCCACAUCUGUAGACCACGUGACCUUCAAGUAAGUAUGUGCUCUCUGCGUCCCUGUAUCUAACUCCAAUCAGGAACUGUAUUUUUUUUAAACAAUUUGCUUUUGAAACUUGAAGUCUUGAAAACAGUGUGAUGCAUUCGCUGCUGUUCUAGUCCCCAAAGAGCUUUCUGUGCAAAACCUUGAAAUCAAUAAAGAUGGAAGGGAGACCUCGGAA